AUGCCGGCUGUAGCGCCAAAGCUCACUAAAAACCAGCUCAAGAGAGCAAGAAGAAAAGCCAAAAGACAUGCUGCUGCAGAUGAGUCGAGGAAUAAUCCGUCUGAAAGCGAGUCUAGCAAGACUGAAACAUCGAUAUCCAAUCCCGACACGGACGACGAUCACUCAAUACCUAGUCUCCCUCUAGAAACAGAUGAUACCUUGUGGGAAAUGUACAAGGAUGUUAUUAGCAAAUUCGAACCCGGUGCUGGGGAGACCUUGGAUAAAGAACCCGAGAAGCCUCAGGUCUACUUUGACGAUGACGAUGAAAUCCCAGAUGAAGAGGAAGAGAAGGCGCCAAAGUUGUCUAAGAAAAAGCGAAAAGAAAUGAAUAAGAUAUCAGUGGCAGAACUAAAGGCCUUGGUUCGAAAGCCAGAAAUAGUCGAGUGGACGGACACGUCAGCUUCAGAUCCACGGCUUCUCGUCCAUAUCAAGGCAUAUAGGAACGUAGUUCCUGUCCCUGCUCACUGGUCAUUGAAGCGAGAAUAUCUCUCCUCCAAGCGUGGUGUGGAGAAGCCGCCAUUUGCUCUCCCAAAAUUCAUCCAAGAGACUGGCAUUUCAGAAAUGCGUGAUGCGGCUCUGGAGAAACAAGAACAGGCGACUUUAAAACAGAAGCAAAGAGAGAGGGUUCAGCCUAAGAUGGGUAGACUAGACAUUGACUAUCAAAAACUAUAUGAGGCUUUUUUCCGAUUCCAGACCAAGCCGGAACUGACCCGCUAUGGAGAGGUCUAUUACGAAGGCAAGGAAUAUGAAACCAACCUUCGGCACCUGCGACCUGGCGAACUCAGCGAUGAGUUGAAGGAGGCGCUUAAUAUGCCACCAGGGGCACCACCACCUUGGCUGAUCAAUCAGCAAAGGUUCGGCCCUCCACCUUCCUAUCCUGCACUUAAAAUCCCAGGACUCAAUGCACCUCCACCCCCUGGUGCGAGUUGGGGGUAUCACCCAGGUGGAUAUGGAAAGCCCCCAGUUGAUGAACACAACAGACCUCUAUAUGGUGGUGACAUUUUUGGUGUCCUCCAGACUCAGCAAAAUGUGCAACAAGGAGAGCCUGUUGAGAAGGAUCUCUGGGGUGAGUUGCAGCCACCUGAGGAAGAGUCAGAAGAAGAAAGUGAAGAGGAAGAAGAAGCCGAAGAAGAGGAUAUUGGUGAAGGUUUGCAGACGCCUAGCGGUCUGGAGACACCGAGUGGUAUUGUGUCCACGGUGCCUUCUGAGUUUGGAACGGCAGAGAGUGUUUCUGGGGAGUUCGAUGUUCGCAAACAUCAUCGGGGAACGGAAACCGAAGAAUCUACGCAGCCCAAGACCGCCUAUCAAGUAAUACCAGAACAGAAGUCUCGAGUCCAGGGAUUUUUCGGCGGUGAUAGAGUAUAUGAUCUCAAGGCUGUUGAGAAUAAUAUUCCAGUCCUUGGAGCUGAUGAGGAGACCCGCAAACGGAAGAAGCCCGGCGAUGUUGACGUGUCAAUGGAUCCCGACAUGUUGCAGAGUCAUGAUGGAAUUAGCAAGGAGAAGCUUCAGAGUUUAUAUGAUCAAGAGAAACAGCAGGAGCAUUCGAACUGGGGCUUUCAGGAAGACCUCAGCGAUAUGAUUGCAAACGAGAGCCGCAAAAGACUGCGAAAAGAGGAAGAAAAACGCAGUAAGCGCUGA